AUGGACCCCAAGUCCGCCAGCAACCUCUCAUUCAUCCUCAACAAGCCGCACGAUGUCGCGUUCGCCGACCGGCCGGUGCCCUCGCUGCAGGGCCCGCACGACGUGCUAGUCGGCGUAAACUACACGGGCAUCUGCGGGUCGGACGUGCACUACUGGGAGCACGGCGCCAUCGGCCACUUCGUCGUCAAGGACCCCAUGGUGCUAGGCCACGAGUCGGCCGGCACCGUCGUCGAGGUCGGGUCCGCCGUCACCACCCUCAGUGCCGGCGACCGCAUCGCGUUGGAGCCGGGCUACCCGUGCCGCCGGUGCGCGCCAUGCCUCGGCGGCCGCUACAACCUGUGCCCGGACAUGCGGUUCGCCGCGACGCCGCCCUACGACGGCACGCUGACGGGCUUCUGGGUCGCGCCCGCCGACUUCUGCUACAAGCUGCCCGACAACGUGUCCCUCCAAGAAGGCGCGCUGAUCGAGCCGCUAGCCGUGGCCGUGCACAUCGUGCGGCAAGCUGCCGUGACGCCGGGGCAAUCCGUCGUAGUCAUGGGUGCCGGCCCCGUCGGCCUCCUCUGCGCGGCCGUGGCGCGCGCGUUCGGCGCCUCCAAGGUCGUCUCGGUCGACAUCGUCGAGUCCAAGCUCGCCUUCGCCAAGUCGUUCUGCUCGACGCACAUCUAUACCUCCCAGCGCAUCGCGGCCGAGGACAACGCGGCCAACAUAAAGCGCGAAGCGGAUCUCGAGGGCGGCGCCGACGUCGUCAUCGACGCCAGCGGCGCCGAGCCCAGCAUCCAGACCAGCCUGCACGUCGUGCGCAUGGGCGGCACCUACGUCCAGGGCGGCAUGGGCAAGUCCGACAUCACCUUCCCCAUCAUGGCCAUGUGUCUGAAGGAGGUGACGGCCAAGGGCAGCUUCCGCUACGGCAGCGGCGACUACAAGCUCGCUAUCGACCUGGUGGCCGGCGGCAAGGUCGACGUCAAGAGGCUGAUCAGCGGCACGGUGCCGUUCAAGGAGGCCGAGGACGCCUUCAAGAAGGUCAAGGAGGGCGAGGUCAUCAAGAUGCUGAUCGCGGGUCCCAAUGAGAAGCUGUAG